CCUGUUGUCGCACUGUGAUGGUUUGUCUGCUCCAGGGCCGGAGGCUACACACGUAAAGGGGAAGAGAGGGGGGAAAAAAAAAAAAAAAAAAAAAAAACUCCUAGUGAUUUGGGAAUUAGAGUGUCAGUCCAUUCGUGCCCACUGUGUGUGCUUGUGCCUCACCGAUCCGAUCCCUCCCUUUCCUUUCCUCUCCCUGUGAGGCUCCAGCUGCUGUGCUGCAGUCGGCCUACCCUGCCUGAGCCUGCUGCUGGGAGUGGGGGAGAAAAACGUCGAGGGAGAGCAAAAGGAAGAGUCCGGGUCCUAAACUAGGAGCCACCUACCGAAAAGCGCUACACACACGAUCCAAGUCGACUUAUGCGCCCCGGCUAGGUUGUUGGCACUACUUUGCGGCGCAUUGGGGACCGCGGAAAGCCCUGGAUACCUGGCACCGAGACACUCCAACUUGAUUUUAUGUGGUAGCUGUGCUGUUGCGCCGGGCCGACUGCCCUGAUAGUUGAGUGGAUCCAUUGGUUGGAGCAGGAUUGCGCAUUGGCCCUGCUGUAUCCAGCGCUGAUCCCGUGGAAAGAAGAACAAUGAAGGACUAAAAAAAAAAAAAGAAAAAAAAAAAACAGUUUCUCUUUGCACAAAAAAAAAAAACACCCGCGCUUGUUGCAAAGUUCAAAGCGCAUAGAGCAAAUUUCGUCCGCCGCUUUCAAUCGCGUUCAUUUUCGUCCUGUGUGGGAUGCGCCGGAUGUUAUAGGAUCCCGCUUGUUGACAAACAGUUUUGCAAGAAGUUUACCUCGAGCUCCGCACACGAGCAGGAAGAAAAUGUCCACGCCGAGGUUCAAAAAGGAUAAAGAGAUCAUCGCGGAGUACGAGAGCCAAGUCAAAGAGAUCCGGGCCCAGUUGGUAGAGCAGCAGAAAUGCCUGGACCAGCAGACGGAGAUGAGGGUCCAGCUGCUCCAGGACCUCCAGGACUUCUUCAGGAAGAAGUCGGAGAUUGAGAUGGAAUACUCGAGGAACCUGGAGAAGCUGGCCGAACGCUUCAUGGCAAAGACCCGCAGCACCAAGGAUCACCAGCAGUACAAGAAAGACCAGAACCUUCUGUCGCCGGUCAACUGUUGGUACCUGCUGCUGAACCAAGUGAGGAGGGAGAGCAAGGACCACGCCACGCUGAGCGACAUCUACCUCAACAACGUCAUCAUGAGGUUCAUGCAGAUCAGCGAGGACUCCACGCGGCUCCUCAAGAAGAGCAAGGAAAUAACAUUUCAGCUCCAGGAAGACUUAAUGAAGGUCCUAAAUGAGCUUUACACAGUGAUGAAGACCUACCACAUGUACCACUCGGAGAGCAUUAGUGCCGAGAGCAAGCUGAAGGAGGCCGAGAAGCAAGAGGAGAAGCAGAUUGGCAGGGGGGAUCCCGUCUUCAGCAUCCGAAUGGAGGACAAACACCAGAGGCGCAGCUCCGUAAAGAAGAUCGAGAAGAUGAAAGAGAAGCGUCAAGCCAAGUACUCAGAGAACAAGCUGAAGUCGAUCAAAGCGCGGAACGAGUACCUGCUGACACUCGAAGCGACAAACUCCUCGGUUUUCAAAUACUACAUCCACGAUUUGUCGGACUUAAUUGAUUGCUGUGAUCUGGGGUACCACGCCAGCCUGAAUCGGGCGCUGCGGACCUACCUCUCAGCCGAGUACAACCUCGAGACGUCGCGGCACGAGGGUCUCGACAUCAUCGAAAACGCCGUGGACAGCCUUGACCCCCGAAGCGACCGCCAGAGGUUCAUGGAGAUGUACCCGACCGCGUUCUGCCCCCCGGCCAAGUUCGAGUUCCAGCCUCACAUGGGAGACGAGGUGUGUCAGAUCUCGGUGCAGCCGCCGGUGAACGGGGAGCUCAUACUGAGGUUCCAGCAGCUGCAGUCUCGCCUGGCUACUCUCAAGAUCGAGAACGAAGAGAUCAAAAAGACAUCAGAGGCUACCCUGACCACCAUCCAGGACAUGGUGACUAUCGAGGACUACGACGUGUCUGAGUGUUUCCACCACAGCCGCUCCACGGAGUCGGUCAAGUCCACCGUUUCAGAGACUUACCUCAGCAAGCCCAGCAUUGCCAAGAGGAGGGCCAACCAGCAGGAGACCGAGCAGUUCUACUUCAUGAAAUUCCGGGAGUUUCUGGAGGGCAGUAAUCUCAUCUCCAAACUGCAGGCCAAACAUGACUUGCUGAAGAGGACGCUCGGUGAAGGUCACAGAGCUGACUACAUGACCACAAGGCCUCCGAACUUGCCGCUCAGAUCCCACACUGGCACCCGGCGGGCUAGACCCCGCUCUGUUUUUAAUGUUAAAUUAUUUAAUGGCAAUUUGGAGUCAUUUAUCAAGGACUCCGGACAAGCAAUCCCCCGUGUGGUUGAAAGCUGUAUCCGUUUCAUAAAUCUGUACGGCCUCCAGCAUCAAGGAAUAUUCCGUGUUUCUGGUUCCCAGCUGGAAGUCAAUGACAUCAAGAACUCGUUUGAGAGAGGAAACGACCCCCUGACAGAUGACGAGAAUAAUCAUGACAUCAACUCGGUGGCUGGCGUUCUCAAACUUUACUUCCGAGGCCUGGAGAACCCUCUUUUCCCCAAAGAGAGGUUCAGCGAUCUGCUGUCCUGCAUCAGAAUAGACAACCUGUAUGAGAGAGCCCUGUACAUCCGUAAGAUCCUCCUGACUAUACCCCGAUCAGUCCUCAUCGUCAUGCGCUACCUCUUCGCCUUCCUCAACCACCUGUCCCAGUACAGCGAUGAGAACAUGAUGGACCCGUACAACCUGGCCAUCUGCUUCGGUCCCACUCUCAUGCCCACGCCGGACAGCCAGGACCAGGUCUCCUGCCAGGCCCACGUCAACGAGAUCAUCAAGACCAUCAUCAUCCACCAUGAAACCAUCUUCCCUGAUGCCAAGGAGCUGGACGGGCCCAUCUAUGAGAAGUGCAUGGCUGGAGGAGACUAUUGCGAGAGCCCCUACAGCGAGCAUGGAGCCCUGGAGGAGGUGGACAACGAGGGAGGCACGGAGACACACACCAGCGAGGAUGAGGGGGAGCCCAUUGAAGCCAUUGCCAAGUUUGACUACGUCGGUCGCUCGUCCCGCGAGUUGUCCUUCAAGAAGGGCGCCUCCCUGCUGCUGUACAGUCGGGCGUCAGAUGACUGGUGGGAGGGACGCCACAACGGCAUCGACGGCCUGGUGCCACACCAGUAUAUCGUGGUGCAAGACAUAGAUGACAACUUCUCAGACACUCUGAGUCAGAAAGCGGACAGCGAGGCCAGCAACGGCCACACCGGAGAUGAUAAAUGCUCAGGCAAAGACAUCGGCUCGCCCACUGACUCCAGGAUCUCUGAGGCCUACAUCACCAGCAGGCACAGGAAAAGAUCUGAGCCUCCAUCUCGCCGGCCCCCCGCCCGCCCAACUGAUGUCCACUGCAUGGUGCAUCCCUCCCAGCAGGGUCAUGGUGGCCACGGAGGCACCCCAGAAAUGGGCUCCCCAGUUCUCGGCCAUUUCAGCCCACGAGACAUGCUGCGGAGCCGCAAUCACAUGCCCAUGGACAGCCCUGAACGGCGGCGGCGCACAGGUCACGGCAGCCUGACUAAUAUAAGCCGCCACGAGUCCCUGAAGAAAAUGGAAAGCCCUCCGAUCCGACGCUCCACCUCCUCGGGCCAGUACACAGGCUUUUCUGAUGCCCACCACCAUGGUGGCAAGCCUUUGGAUCCGGAGACCAUCGCACAGGACAUAGAAGAGACCAUGAACACUGCUCUGAAUGAGCUGCGUGAACUGGAGAGGCAGAGCUCGGCCAAGCAUGCCCCAGACGUGGUGCUAGACACCCUGGAGCAGCGGCAGACCUCUGGCAGUAGCGGUGGGGGUCCCACCCCGGCCAGCUCCAGCGAGUCUCUCAGCCCCAUCCACAGCGUCGUGCUGAGGCCCACCACCAACACUGAGCCACCCAUCCGCCGCAGCACCAGCUCUUCCAGCGAUACUAUGAGCACCUUCAAACCUGUGGUAGCACCUCGCAUGGGGGUGCAGCUGAAACCUCCAGCCCUGAGGCCCAAGCCCAUGGUCCUGCCUAAGACCAGCCAGGCCCCACAGCCACCCCCUCCAUCUUCUCAGGACCCCCUGGAUAAGUCCUGCACCAUGUAAACUCUAGAGCAAGAACCAUAUAUAUAUAUAUAUAUAUAUAUAUAUAUAUAUAUAUAUAUAUAUAUAUUUCUCAAUUCUCAAUAAUAAAUAAUUCUCAAUAAUAAACAUCAGUGGAAAUGAGCUGCAGAAAUUCUAAGAGACUGUAGCAACAUACUAGCAAUGUCUAUAAAGGAAGUGUAUUAUACAUCACCUGGACAGAAAAUACUCAUUUUGGGUAAACAAUGGGAGCUGCUUUUUUGCGACAUAACUGUGUGUUUGUUGUUGUAGCAUAUUGAAGUUAAAAGUCAGAUCUGAGGGCAUCCUGAUGGUCUGAAAGACAAAACAGACAGACAUGCUGGACUAAUUAUUCCAGAGGGACAAAUCUUUGGACUAAAUAACAUGUAUGGUUUAUACAGUAAUAUGUUGCUGUUGCUGUGCAAUCCAUACAUGUUGACUGUAUAAUACAGUAAUAGGUCGAUAUGCUUAGAUUAAUAUUAUCUAGUGUACGUCUCUUUUCUAUCUAUAAAUGUAAACAACAAAUCACAAAGGCUUCCCUCGAGGUUUUAGAAAUUUUACACUGGUAGAUUACAGCCAUCAGAGAACAUGGCGUAAGUAGCUCCAUUGUUUACCACUGAACCAGAAGAGGAGCUCGAUGUAGUGACAGUCAGUGUAACCAGAGUUGCAUAAAGAUAACAUAAAACACACAUAAAAAUAAAAUUAAAUAUGUAUUUUAAUGCUCCUACGUACAGUAAAUAGUGAGGCUAUUGAAGGUUCAGUGCACUGAUUCAAGGCCUUACUCACUUCCGGAUUUAACUGAUUUAAAUUCAAUUGCUAUUAUAAAGGUGCUGCGACUACCUGGACAGAGGUGUUUUGAAGGCUGGACUGAUCGAGGGUCUGAAGAGCCCAUAACAAAAGGCAACUAAAGGGUACUCUGUUGAUAAAUGAACAGUAUUGAUGCAUUUCCAUCGGCCUCUUAUGCUCAACACCGUUCUACAGCCGAGCGCGCUGUGGGUCGUUUUUCUCAGACAUGUACAAAGAUCACCUCUCUGCUGGUUUUACUCAGUUUAUUUUAGCACAUAACUAUUUCCAUAUUGCCUGGAAUGAGACAAGACUUAUUGGAUAAAACCACUAUGUAAAGACACUCUCCACCAUGGACGUUUCUGUGAAAAUUUCGAUGCGUUUCUUGAAUCCCCGCGUCAGUACUAACUCAUGCCUUUGCAUCUGUUUAGCCUACGGAGAGCGGUGAAAGUGAAAGUGGUCUGUGCUUAAAACGAUUCUGACAAAUCAUCUCCUACCUGUGUACAAUCCCUGUGACAUCUGAGGGUGUGGAGCACAUGCUGUAGCUUCUUUUAUUACGCCUUGCUUGGCUCUAUCUACCCAAAGACGCGACUGUGCAAGGUGCAGCAUGGAUGCCGAAAGCAGUGCCUCCCCUCUUCAUGUGUGAUGCAGGCAUUCUUCCUGAUGUGUAUAGACUCAUGGCAGUGCCCUGUGGGAGUGCUGCCGGUAGCCAUGGACCUAAUGACUGUUAUUGUAAAAGCCUCCUAAUGUGUUCACCCUGCUUCUUAUGCUUCUGUGUCCAGAUCCCCAACACCCGCGAGCUCGUCAUUCAACAUCUUUGGGAGAGCGAGCUCCGGUCUGUUUUGUGUUAAGGGUGUGAAAAUGUCGAUACUAAGAACCGUGUCCUUCCUCCGCUUUGUGGCUCACAUCGAGGUUUUCUCUGUGGAAUCACUCUGUAUUUAUGGAUGAUAUAAAUCCGCCUGAAUGAGUGGCAGUGCCAGCUGGACACAUGGCAGCGAACUAUGUGUGUGUGUGUGUGUGUGUGUGUGUGGGGAAUGGGAGGGAGCGCUCACACGUCCAGUGAUGAAGGCCCGUGUCAGUCGGCUCCUGUGCGUCUGGGCCAGCGAAUAAUCUCAAAUGAAAUAGCCCUGCAAUACUGUAUGUGCCAGAGUUUCACGUGUGUAACUGCGCCACCCUUAGGCGUCCUUUUUGAAGUACCCCCCUGUACUGUAGAGAUAGCAGAACCGGGUGCAUGAUGGGGGAAUGUUUUUGCUAGCAGCCGUAGCAUAAUAACACUUACAAAAGACUUGGUUUUAAGUUUGCAAUGAAUAAACAGCGCUCUCUAACAGCAGGUUUACACUAUUUUUUUGUGACUUGACAAAUAUUUCAUUGUGUAUAAUUAUCAAAAGUUAAUAUGAUUUGACUUUUGACUUACUAACCAUUUUAUUAUUUUUGUAAUCUUUUUUUUUUUAAUUUUAUUUUUGGUUAAUGAGGUUUUUUUCAUGUUAGAAAUUAUUAAAACUUAGAACAAAUGAUGUAGAAAAAAAUAUCCAGAGAUACCAGUGUCCUACCUAUGAAGCCAGUUGUAAAAAAAAAAAUGUGUGCUGUUGUCACUAUGUAACAUCAUAAACAGUAGGAAUCAAUUAUGCCCUGUCUGUUAGGCUGUUAGCUACUCUGUGGUGUCUAUGUACAUCUGUAGUAUGUACAGUACUUGUGAAAGUGCCUUUGAAAACUGUUUUAGAGGAACUUCAGACAUAUUCUGUACUGGUGCAUUCUCAUUUCAAAGCCUGUGUUUUGAGCAAGUGCAGUGCAGGAAGAUGAAUGAAUAAGCAAUGAUGCCAUUUUACAAAAGAAAAAAAAAAGUUAUAUGACUGAAAGAAUUAAUAAUCGACAGCUUACCCGUUGUGACAUUGCACUUUUAUGUAUAGAACUGUAUAUAUGGCAUGUAACAUCAUAACUUUUAGAGUUCUUUGAAGACGUGUUCCUCAAAGGAUUUCUUUCUAAUAAAGGAAAUAGUUUGUCGAGA